AUGGCCACGGCGUCAGGCUCAGGCCUGACCCGUCGCCGCGGCGCAGGAGGAGCAGCAAGUGGGGAUGGAGAGAACGACGGCAGCCGAGUCUCCUCCCCGGCACCCGCCAAAAAGAACGACGACCUCAGAUCCCCCGACACGCAAUACGAGAGCGGUGAGAAUGGCCACAAGAUCGCCUUCGACCCGCGCGACAUCUCGGAAAGUGAAGAGCGGUCCAAACAGCCCAAACUCACGCUCAUGGAGGAAGUGCUCCUCAUGGGCCUGAAAGACAAACAGGGCUACUUGAGUUUCUGGAAUGAUAACAUCAGUUAUGCGUUACGAGGGUGUAUAGUCAUUGAGUUGGCUUUCCGGGGCAGGAUCUCUAUGCAGAAGGAUAGUGCGAGGAGGAGGUUUCCGCUUGCCGACAGGGUGAUCGAGGUGGUAGAUGAGACGUUGACGGGGGAGGUGUUGUUGGAUGAGGCGUUGAAAAUGAUGAAGAGCUCGGAGAAGAUGAGUGUUAGUGCUUGGAUUGAUCUGAUGUCCGGUGAGACGUGGAAUCUCAUGAAGAUUGGAUAUCAGCUCAAGCAAGUACGGGAAAGGCUUGCCAAGGGGCUUGUCGACAAGGGCAUCCUGCGGACAGAAAAGCGGAAUUUCUUGCUGUUCGAUAUGGCGACUCACCCUGUGGCGGACGGCGGAGCCAAAGACGAGAUCAAGCGGCGGGUACGAGCAGUGCUCACCAACAGGACGGUCGUACUACCUGGAUCACAGUUCCUACCGGAAGGCAUCGAGUUCAGGUAUCUGCGGACAAUAGCCAUGCUCUGUGCAGCUUAUGCCGCAAAUGUGCUGGAGAAUGCUCUGGUGACGCUCGGGCAUGAAGCACGAGAGAGAGCGUUUGCUCAAGUGGACGAAUUACUGGCAGAGUACUCGCAAUGGCCGUUCGGGAAACGUGCAGGUGGCAAUGCUGCGAUCGGCGCGAAUCUUGACCAGGUCAUUCGAGACGAGGUCAACAAUGCUAAGGAUAAGGAGCUACAGCUUGAGGUCGUUGCUGCUUGCCUCAGUGUCUUCACUCGACUUGACUCGCUAUUAUAA